AUGGCCGCUGGGAAGGGAAUCGACAAUUCAAAUGGGAUCGAUUCGGCAUCAGAAUCCAUCGAGGCAGGGUUGGUUCGUGGUUGGAUCAUCUUCUCGGAGUUGCCAAGUCAUGGUCGGACUGAGAUUGAGCAACGAAGGUGCAAGAAAUAUUCGAUCGAUCCUUCCUCUGUUUCGGGCGCUACUCCUUCCGGAGACUUCCCCAUCGGAUUCACAAGGCACGGGAAACUAAUCGUCGCCUGCCACCGGGAAAGUAUUGACAGUGGCAGAGGGGAAAAGAAACGGCUAAUAGGAGGGUUAAGUGAGGGACUUAAUUGUAAUUAUCAUUAA